GAGAUCAGAACGGAGGGGCCAACAUAUUUCAGCAGACAGCAAUACACAGCAAUGACCAUCGAUAGACUCCUUGUAAAUACGCCAGAGCAUUACCUGAUUGUCACGGACAUCCACCUCUCUGUUGCCAUGGGCCCAGUGGAGAUGGCCCAGUCGCGCCUGAGCGACCUCUCCAUCAGCCACGCCUCCUUUAGAGCCAAGCAGAACAUCCCAGAGGAAGCGCAGCGCAUCCCAGAAGUGGUCUCCACGGAGGACGGUUACAAGAUCAUACUCGACAGCCUCAUGAACAUGAGCCUCGGCAUCUACCAUAUCGACCUGGCGACAAACAUGCACGAGCCAUUCAGUUACGUGCUGUCCGAGCAGCACAAGCUGCGCAGCGAGCUGGAGACCAACCUACAGCUGAAGCGCAUUCUCGUCAAGUCCGUGCUGGUUGCCGUAGG